AAAAAACAACUUUUCAUUGAUUGGGCAGUUGUCCAGGCUCUUAGCUUGGCAUCCAGCCCGCAGAGCUGUGAAAUCAUCCUCACCAAGCCUACGUUUUGAAAUGAGGCAACAUCUAACUGGAAGCCCACUCAAAAUAAGGAGCACAGCGCAAGGGUCCAGGGUCCGGUGUUUCUUCCUUCUCUUAGCCGCACAUCUUUCAUCUGAUCUUGCUGAAGAGAUCGACUCGGCUAAGAAAGAGAUCAGGGACAAGAAGCAGUGCCGAGAAAGUUCCAUGAGACGCUCAGAACUCUCCACCUGAAUACUAAACCUGAAUAACCAGGAGAGAUGGAACUCUCAGGUGUUCUCCUCCUGCCCAUGCUGCAGGUUUUUCAGGUCCCCGCUUAAGUGUGCACUCACAGGCAUAAAUAAACGUGCUACCCACAGCCUGCGUCAGCCAGCCUCGCCAUUUAAGCAGGCUGGCUUCAGCCAAUUUAGCUUCCAAAUCCAGGGCUUGCCAUUGCCACCUCCACCCGUGUCGGGACCAUGUCUGCGGAGACCGCGAGCGGCCCCACUGAGGACCAGGUGGAGAUCCUGGAGUACAACUUCAACAAGGUCAACAAGCACCCGGACCCCACCACGCUGUGCCUGAUCGCGGCCGAGGCCGGCCUUUCCGAGGAGGAGACCCAGAAAUGGUUCAAGCAGCGCCUGGCCCAGUGGCGGCUGUCAGAAGGCCUACCCUCAGAGUGCAGAUCCGUCACAGACUGAGGAGAUGGUGGUCAUUGGCGGCUUCCCUGCAUGAAGACCAUCUGCUGUUUCUCUCCUCAACUUAAUCAAGCUCUUUUGGUUUUUCAGUGUAGUGUCAUAUGCUCCUCUGUUAGCUGUCCUCCUAUUUAACACAACGUUGUAUUUUUUUUUUUAAUGUAUAUAACUAGAAAAGAAAAUAACAAUAGGAAGCUAUGGGCAGCUUCUGUGUAAAGCAGUGGCUUGGCUGGAAGUGGUGUGGCUUGCAUUUCCUUUGGGUCAUGAUGACAGACGGUGUGAAAACCAUCUAAGUUUUCUUUUUGACCAUCACCUCCCAGUAACAAUUUACUUUCACCAUCCAUUUCAGAGCAGACAAGGCCUCUGUUGAAAAGGUAACAUGACCAAGAGGGAGAAACAUUUCCUUCUAAUUCUACUUCCCUAAGUCAUUUUCCUUGUGUUUCAUUUAAUACAUUGAGAUUGAGUGAGAAUACAGACUGAAUUUGAGUUAUUCAGAUUCCAUAAAGCAGUUCCUUGGAUUAUAGCUGAAUUAACUUAGAAAGCACUCAGGCUGGAAGACAGAAACUUCCACUGGCAGAAGAUCAAGUAACUAAGGAAAAAAAUCCACAGAAGUCUUGAAUUUACCUUAUUUAAAUGCAUUUGUUAAAUUCAUUUUGCUAAACAAAAUGAACGGUGUUUUGUCUCUAAAAUGAUUUUCUAAAUAAAACCUUAACAUUUUGUUGAAAA